AAAAAAAAAAUUGUUGUUUAACACAUCUGUUGUACUUCACCCAAGCGAAAUUAAGAUUUUUAUAAGAACACUUCUGGACCAACGGUUUCGAAUCUCCCUGUUCUACAAACAAACACAAUAAUCUUUACAUUUGCAGGUUCAAUCCAACAACAAGAAUCAUGCAUAUGCAAUCAUUAUCCAUCACCAAUUCACACCCCCAUCGUCUCCCCUUAUCCACCUUCACAAAACCCCUAAAAAGCUCCCCUCUUUUCACCGCCAAAAUCCAUCAAAAAACCCAUCAAAAUUUUCCCAGAAAGUUAACAGUGUUUGCUGUCAAAGAAGACGAAGAACCACAAUCAACACCUUCUUGGGCCAAACCCGGAUCCGAAGAACCUCCACCGUGGGCCCGAAAUGAAGCCCAACAAGCUUCAUCUAGUAUUGAGCUUCCUUUUUUUGUUUAUUUGCUUGCAUCUGCUAUCACUGCCAUUGCUGCUAUUGGGUCGGUGUUUGAGUAUGUGAAUCAGAAGCCGGUGUUCGGGUUGUUGAAUUCGGAUAGCGUGUUUUAUGCACCUGUGCUUGGGUUCUUUGCGUUUACUGGUCUCCCAACUGCUGCGUAUCUUUGGUUCAAAUCGGUUCAAGUUGCCAAUAAGGAGGCCGAGGAACAAGAUAGGAGAGAUGGUUAUCGCUAGGUCAGUUGUUGCAUAUUGUUUCAUGUAAAAUGCAAUCUCGUUUUUUAAGAUUUUGUGUAACCAUGUAUUAAUGUUAGUUUCUUUUCUGGCUUAACUAAGGUACAUGUAAAGAAAUAUGUUUUAUUUUUGUGACUCAAAAGACUCUGACCAUUUGAGUCGCAAAUGAUUACACCCACAAUUACUAAUGAA